GUGAACCAAUAAAUUUUUGGAAAAAAUCAGUUAAAAAAAAUUCUUAAAAAAAAUUAGAAAUUUAAAACAUUGGAAAAAAAUUUAAAUAAAAAAAGUGUUUAAAUAAAAUAUAAAUAAAAAUGUCGAAUUUAGCAUUUUUAUGUCUGGCAACUCUGUGCUGUAGCAUUUUCUUCUUUUCAAAUACUAAAGCGGCCUCAACAUUUCCCGCUGAUAUACCCCGUUGCCAUACGGGUGAUACGGAUUGUGUGGUGCGUACUUCUGUUAAUUUAAUACGAAAACAUGCGCGCACAGGUUAUCCCUCAGCAGCAUUUCCUCCCAUUGAACCAUUCCAUUUGAAACAAUUCGAUAUAUCAGAUGGUCGUGGUGGUUCAUUAAAUUUAAAAUUAAAUUUCCGCGAUGUUGAUGUUGCGGGCCUGUCUGGUGUGAAUUUCGAUCGUGCUGUUGGUUUUGGAGCUGAUCCGGCUACUUCUAAAUUUGAAAUGUACGGUGUUUUACCAAAGGUCACACUACGUGGAAAAUACACAGCUGAUGGACGUAUUUUAAUUUUACCCAUACGCGGUGAUGGUAAUGCUGAUAUUACACUAGAAAACUCUAAAUUUUCGGUUAAAUUCAAACCUUCUAUACAUCCUAAAAAUGGAAAAACUUUCUUAAUGGUAGACAAAUUGAAGGUCUUGAUUGAACCACAAAAAAUGUCCAUGCAAUUGAGCAAUUUAUUUAAUGGUGAUCAAGCUUUGGGUGCUCAUAUGAAUCAAUUCUUAAAUGAAAAUUGGUUUGAUGUCUGGACCGAAUUGCAACCCUCCAUACAUGUGGCCAUUGCUGAGGUUAUGAAGAGUAUAUUAACGCCCAUUUUUAAGAAAUUCCCCUAUGAAGACAUGUAUGAAAAUUAAAUUUACACAUUUUAGCUUAAGUAAGGAAGAAAAAACUGUGAAUUUCAUUUUGUUUUAUAUGUUAACAUUUUUGUGUGGUUUAUUUUUAGUUUUAAACAACAAUGAUUUUCAUUAUUAUUAAUAAUGUAUUUUUUUUAGUUUAGUUUAAGAUACAAUUUUUUUUUUAAUUUCCGUAUUUGCAAAAACAAAUAUUUUGCUAAAAAUCAAAAAAAUACGGAAAUUUUAUCUAUACUCAUUUAUAAAUAACUCAUAAUUAUCAUACAACAAUUAUAUAAUUUUAUAAUAUUAGUUUUUUUUAUACAUUAAUAUUAAAAACCAUUUGUUGAAUAAUAAAAUAUUGAAAAGAGAGAAAAAAAGA